GGGAUACAUAAAAGGUUUAUGGAUUGAUCCACGAACAUUUUAACUUAGUUUUACUCUGUUUUGGGUAUUUGUUCUAAAUAUAAGAAUUCAGAGGGAUUGCUGAAUUGUGUGCAGAUUUACACUGGGGGCUAGACUCGCGGAGUGAAGGUUUUGGCAGGAUGAGAUGUCACAUAUGUGGGUGUAGAAUUACAGGAAGGUGUGGAAUAUUAAGCUGCUCCAGAAGGAGUGGCUCUGAGGAAGGAGGCGGAAGUGACAGGAAGUCCCGCCCUUCCAGAAUUCCCUGGGUUUCUCUGCUGCAUUGCGGUCCGGAAGUCAUUGUUGGAGACGUGUGCCUCGUAUUUGCAGAACCUGAAAACUUCCUUAAGCUGCAGUUGCUGUCCUGGCCUCCUAGUACAUUCAGCAGCUCGUCCUGUCCCCUGCCAGGUCUCUAUAUGCUCGAACAAAACUGCAUAACUAUAACUCAACUCUAAGAGCCCUGAAUGGAAAAGGCCAAGGAGUCUUAAGGAUCCAGGUCUCUAUGUGCUCCAACAAAUGUGCAUAACUAUAAAUCAAAACUAAGAGCCCUGAAUGGAAAAGGCCAAGGAGUCUCAAGGAUCCAGUGACAUUUCAAGAAGAGUUCCAGUAUUUGAAACUGGGAGAAGAACAUCAAAAAGCAUGAGUGCUUCUCUGGUAAACACUCCUCAGGGUCCAAUAACCUUCAAAGAUGUGGCUCUGGACUUCUCACUGGAGGAAUGGGAAUGUCUCAGUUUUGCUCAGCGGACACUGUACAGGGAUGUGAUAUUGGAGAAUUACAACAAUCUAUUGUUUGUGGGAAAUCAUCUCGGAAGACAUCGGAAGGUCUUAGAUCAAGACACAGAGUGCAAUGUCUAUGAACAUGUGAAUAUGCAAGAGAAGUCUUAUAAAUGUAAUGAGUUCAGCAAAAUGAUUAAUGAAUCCACCCAAAGUACACCUGAUAAAACUAACCACAGAGAUGCCUCACUUCAAUUCUCAAACCUGAAAAGAAUUAAAACUAGGAAAACAAAAGAAGUUUCUAAAUAUAAAGACUGUGUAAAGUGUUUAAAAGAGUGCUCUAUCAUUAAUCUAAAUCAAGGACUACAUAUAGGGAAGAAAGAAAAUAACAAUAAAGAAUUUGAUAAGGAUUGUGCAUCUAAACAUAAACUUAUGCUGAAACAAAAUAAUAAUGGUAAGAAGCUUUACAAAUGCAGUGAAUGUGACAAAUGCUUUACCCACAAAUGCAAUCUUCAUAGUCAUCAGCGAAUUCAUUCAGGAGAGAAACCUUACAAAUGCAGGGAAUGUGACGAAUGUUUUACCCAACAAUCCAAUCUCCGUAGUCAUCAGCGAAUUCAUAUAGGAGAGAAACCUAACAAAUGCAGUGAAUGUGACAAAUGCUUUACCCAAAAAUGCAGUCUUAAAGUUCAUCAGCGAAUUCAUACAGGAGAGAAACCUUUCAAAUGCAGUGAAUGUGACAAAUGCUUUACCCAAAAAUGCAGUCUUAGAAUUCAUCAGAGAAUUCAUACAGGAGAGAAACCUUUCAAAUGCAGUGAAUGUGACAAAUGCUUUACCCAAAAAUGCAGUCUUAGAGUUCAUCAGAGAAUUCAUACAGGAGAGAAACCUUACAAAUGCAGUGAAUGCAACAGAUGCUUUCCUGACAGAGGCAGUCUUAUAAUUCAUCAUAAAACUCAUACAGGAGAGAAACCUUUCAAAUGCAGUAAAUGUCACAAAUACUUUACCCAAAAAUGCAGUCUUAGAGUUCAUCAGCGAAUUCAUACAGGGGAGAAACCUUACAAAUGCAGUGAAUGCGACAGAUGCUUUACCUAUAAAACCAGUCUUAAUUUCCAUCAGAGAAUUCAUACAGAACGAUUACCUUACAAAUGCAGUGAAUGUGAUAAAUGCUUUGCUGACAAAGGCGGUCUUAGAAUUCAUCUCAGAAUUCAUACAGGAGAGAAACCUUACAAAUGUAGUGAAUGUGACAAAUGCUUUACCCAAAAAUGCAAUCUUCGUAGUCAUCAGCAAAUUCAUACAGGAAAGAAACCUUACAAAUGCAGUGAAUGUGGUGAAUGCUUUACCCAAAAAUCCAAUCUUCGUAGUCAUCAGCGAAUUCAUACUGGAGAGAAACCUUACAAAUGCAGUGAAUGUGACAAAUGCUUUACCCAAAAAUGCAGUCUUAGUGUUCAUCAGAGAAUUCAUACAGGAGAGAAACCUUAUAAAUGCAGUGAAUGUGACAAAUGCUUUCCUGACAGAGGUGGUCUUAUAAAUCAUCAUAAAACUCAUACAGGAGAGAAGCCUUACAAAUGCAGUGAAUGUGGUGAAUGCUUUACCCAAAAAUCCAAUCUUCGUAGUCAUCAGCGAAUUAAUACUGGAGCGUGUUGUGAAAUUUCAAGGAGAGGUCCAAUAUUUGAAACUGGGAGAAGAACAACAAAAAGAAUGAGUGCUUCUCUGGUAAACACUCCACAGGGUUUGUUAACCUUCAAUGAUGUGUCUUUGAACUUCUCACUGGAGGAAUGGGAAUGUCUCAAUUUUGCUCAGCGGUCAUUGUACAUAGAUGUAAUGUUGGAGAAUUUCAACAAUCUAUUGUUUUUGGAAAAUCAUCUCAUAUGUGGAAGACAUCAGAAGGUCUUAGAUCAAGACACAGAGUGCAAUGUCCAUGAACAUGUGAAUAUGCAAGAGAAGUCUUAUAAAUGUAAUGAGUUCAGCAAAAUGAUUAAUGAAUCCACCCAAAGUACACCUUAUAAAACUAACCACAGAGAUGCCUCACUUCAAUCUUCAAACCUGAAAAGACUUAAAAUUUUGAAAACCAGAGAAGUUUCCAAAUAUAAAGACUGUGUAAAGUGUUUAAAUGAGUGCUCUAUAAAUAAUCUAAAUCAAGGAAUACAUAUAGGGAAGAAAGAAAACAACAAUCCAGAAUUUGAUAAGGGUUUUGUAUCUAAACAUAAACUGAUGCUGAAACCAAACAAUAAUGGUAAGAAGCUUUACAAAUGUAGGCAAUGUGACAAAUUCUUUACUGACAAAAGUAAUCUUAGAAGUCAUCAGCGAAUUCAUACUGGAGAGAAACCUUACAAAUGCAGUGAAUGUGACAAAUGCUUUACUAACAAAAGUAGUCUUAGAAUUCAUCAUAGAAUUCAUACAGGAGAGAAGCCUUACAACUGCAGUGAAUGUGACAAAUGCUUUACUGACAAAAGUACUCUUAGAAGUCAUCAGCGAGUUCAUACUGGAGAGAAACCUUACAAAUGCAGUGAAUGUGACAAAUGCUUUGCCAAAAAAUGUAGUCUGCAAUGUCAUCAGCGAAUUCAUACAGGAGAGAAACCUUACAAAUGCAGUGAAUGUGACAAAUGCUUUACUGACAAAAGUAAUCUUAGAAUUCAUCAGAAAGUUCAUACAGGUGAGAAACCUUACAAAUGCAGUGAAUGUGACAAAUACUUUACCCAAAAAUGCAGGCUUGAUAGUCAUCAGCGAAUUCAUACUGGAGAGAAACUUUACAAAUGCAGUGAAUGUGACAAAUGCUUUACUGUCAAAUGUAGUCUUAGAAUUCAUCAGAAAAUUCAUACAGGUGAGAAACCUUACAAAUGCAGUGAAUGUGACAAAUACUUUACCCAAAAAUGCAGUCUUGAUAGUCAUCAGCGAAUGCAUACAGGAGAGAAACCUUACAAAUGCAGUGAAUGUGACAAAUGCUUUACUGUCAAAAGUAGUCUUAGAAUUCAUCAGAAAAUCCAUACAGGAGAGAAACCUUACAAAUGCUGUGAAUGUGACAAAUGCUUUACCCAAAAAUGCAGUCUCCGUGGUCAUCAGAGAAUUCAUACAGGAGAGAAACCUUACAAAUGCAGUGAAUGUGACAAAUGCUUUACCCAAAAAUUCCAUCUUCAAAUUCAUCAGAAAAUUCAUACAAGAGAGAAACCUUACAAAUGUAGUGAAUGUGACAAAUGCUUUACUGGACAAUCCUAUCUUAGGAUUCAUCAGAGAAUUCAUACAAGAGAGAAACCUUACAAAUGCAGUGAAUGUGACAAAUGCUUUACUGACAAAAGUAGUCUUAGAAUUCAUCAGAAAAUUCAUACAGGAGAGAAACCUUACAAAUGCAGUGAAUGUGACAAAUGCUUUACUGACAAAAGUAGUCUUAGAAUUCAUCAUAGAAUUCAUACAGGAGAGAAACCUUACAAAUGCAGUGAAUGUGACAAAUGCUUUACUAACAAAUGUAGUCUUAGAAUUCAUCAUAGAACUCAUACAGGAGAGAAACCUUACAAAUGCAGUGAAUGUGACAAAUGCUUUACUGACAAAAGUACUCUUAGAAGUCAUCAGCGAGUUCAUACUGGAGAGAAACCUUACAAAUGCAGUAAAUGUGACAAAUGCUUUGCCCAAAAAUGCAGUCUGCAAUGUCAUCAGCGAAUUCAUACAGGAGAGAAACCUUAUAAAUGCAGUGAAUGUGGCAAAUGCUUUACUGACAAAAGUAGUUUUAGAAUUCAUCAGAAAAUUCAUACAGGUGAGAAACCUUAUAAAUGCAGUGAAUGUGACAAAUGCUUUACUGACAAAAGUUGUCUUAGAAUUCAUCUGCGAAUUCAUACUGGAGAGAGACCUUACAAAUGCAGUGAAUGUGACAAAUGCUUUACUGACAAAAGUUGUCUUAGAAGUCAUCAGCGAAUUCAUACUGGAGAGAAACCCUACAAAUGCAGUGAAUGUGACAAAUGCUUUACUAAAAAAAGUAGUCUUACAAUUCAUCAUAGAACUCAUACAGGUGAGAAACCUUACAAAUGCAGCAAAUGUGACAAAUGCUUUACCCACAAAUGGAGUCUGAAAUGGCAUCAGCGAAUUCAUACAGGAGAGAAACCUUACAAAUGCAGUGAAUGGGAGAAAUGUGUUAUCCAAAAAUGCAAUCUUCAUACUCGUUAGAGCAUAAAUAAAAAAGAGAAACUCUAAUUGUAUUGAAUGUGACAAUUGCUUUAUCCACAGUAGCAGUCUUAGAAAUUAUCAGAGUUCAUACAAGGGAGAAAUCACAAAUGCAGUGAAGGAAACAAGUGCUUUGCCCAUAUUCCAUGACUUAGAAAACAUCAGAGAAUUUUUAUAGUUGUGUAAGUUUAGAAAUUGUAGUGAAUGAGGAAAUCCUUUACCAAGGAUGGACAUUUUAGAAUUCUGAAAAUAUGUACAUGAGAGAAAUGUUUCAAAUGCAGUGGUGGUAAAAAAAAAAAAAAAAAAAAAAAAAAAAAACACUUGACUUCUGGCUUUUAUGCCACAGGCAAUACAUGAACAAGAGAAAUCUCACAAAUGCAAUGCAAUGACUGAAAAUUCCUUUGACUUUCUUUCAGUUCUGAAAGAAACAUCUGAAUAUUUAUACUGAGGAAAAUGUUUCCAGCGUUAAAAAAAAAACAAAAAACAAAAAAUGUGUCAAAUGUUUUAUCGAGACUCUAUUUACCACAAGAGGUUCUAUACUAGAGAAAUAAGUAUGCAAAACUUGUGAAAACCUUCAAACCAUGUUACAAUCUUAGAUAAUGUAACCUAUUUCUGCAGGGAAAUACUCUGAAAAUGUGACAAUAUAGGAAAGUUAUACUUAUUCAACCUCAAAUAUUAUAAGAUAAAGACCAAGUGGGGACGGCAGAAGAAUAUUUUUAGACACGUUCCUUCAAUUUAAAAUAAAGGGUUCAAAAAGAAACAAAAUUAUUGUGUUUAAUACACCUUUUAAACUAUUUAAUAAUAAUGAAAGAAUUCUUUACAUUUAAUUCACAUAAAGGAUUUCAGACAAAUUAAACUUAAAAGAGGAUUUGAUAUGCUGAGCCACCAAGAUAGGAUGUUCUUUAACCUAUAGAGAUGCCUACAGGACUGGACAGUGGUGCUGCAUGCCUUUAAUCUCUUCACUUUGGGAGCAGAGACAGAUUUCUCACUUCCAAGCCAGGGUGGUAUACAAAGAGAAACCUUGUCUCAAAAAAAUAUUCCUACAGUGUCCAGUAUUCAUAAUCUCUAUCAAAUGCUGGUUUCAAGUUUUAGGUAAUAACUAUGAGUCCCUUGUGCUUGGGUCAACAAAUCCUUCCCCAUAGUCCUGUAAGUAAAGGCAAUAAAGCUCAUUGAUUAAUCCA